AGCUUCUGAAUUUAGCUGCGGUAUAACAACAACAACAAUAAUAAUAAUAAUAAUAAUAAUAACUGGGAUUUUUAAAAAAUGAAUAAACUGUCUUACAUACCGAAGCAGUAUCUUUCCCUGUAUCCUGCCCCCUAUCUUCAAUAAGACACUCGGUGUUACUUCCUUCACCCCACAUUCUCUCAGCCUGUUCCUCGCAUAGACUGUAUACAAGAUCUCUUAAGAUAUCUUAUAUACAGUCUAUGGUUCCUCGUCACACGUCUUUGUUCCUCAUGCCUCAUACUAUACAGUAGAUGCUCGCGACCUAUGUAUGGUUCCCAACUAGACAUAACUGGUUUAUUUGCGGUGACGGAAAAAUAAUUUAAUAAUAAUAAUAAAAAUAAUUUGUCUUUGGGACAACGUAUUACUUUCAUUAUGUCCACUCAAUGAAAGUGCAACCUCCGGUCGUUGUGAGACACUCGACAUUGAUUUGUAUUUUUCCUUUAACGUGGCAAUAAUUAUAGUCUUUGAAUUAAGCAAGAGAGUUAACGAGCAGCAGUGAAUGCAACACAAAACCCAUGUGUACAUCGUGGGAGGUGCUAGACGGGUCAACUACGGCUCUGUGGUCGUCUAAGGUGUGAAUCAGUCCGCUUUCGUACUCAUUGAUCAACAGUACGUCUUUGCAGGCUUCUGGAAAUAGAAUCGGACCAAUGCGGAAGACCAGCAGAGGGUUUUGACAGCUGCACGGGACAACAGGUAAUGCAACCAUGCUAUAAUCUCCAAUUUAUACAUACUGUAUUUCGCCUGUCAGAAACAGGUCUUUGUAAAUGGAUAAACUACUUCUCUGGUUCACACUUUUGAUGAAAAGUUGAUUGAUUGUUGAAAAGUCGAUUGUUUAUUUAGUACACCUUCAAAAUUUAGCCUAUGUAGCCUAUCUGGAGAACUAUUGGCUGGAACUAGUUAAGAAAACCUGAGUCACGCGAUUACCCUUAUUUUUUAAGUGUUUGUAAGAUCAGCAGUUGUGUAAUGUGUUUGUAAAAGCUUUAACAUGAGACAAGUCCACAGGAUACCAGGAUGACUUCGCCUGUCCGUGUGAUCGUAGUUGGAGCUGGCAAUCGAGGGGACAAUUACUCCCAGUUUGCCACUAUCCACCCUGAGCGCAUGAAGGUCAGUUGAGGUUUCUGCAUCCCCCACAGUAAAUAAAGAGCAAAUUUGUCAGACUGUUAACAUUUUCUGCUAUCCUCUCAACUAACUGAAGUAACAAAAAUACAAACAAUUUGGCAGCAUAUAAAAUCUCUAUCAGCCAAAUGAUCCAAGAUGGGAUCAUUAACCAAAACAAAGAUGUCCAAUAUUGAUUAGCGCUAAUUUGAUAGCAAAGAUGUAAUAAUAUUGAUGUUGUCAGAGGCGAAGGAGGAUUUAAAAUUGCAGUAAUUAAUAACUUAACUGACUUAACACUGGAGUCAUGAGCAUUGUAAUAAAUAUUGCAAACAAGGGCCCACUUUCCAGAGUGGGCUUGUACCCAAAAUUGGGUGUUUUGUUCCCGUUGAAUUCAAGUAGUUCAGCAAAAAUACAUUUUUAACCACAAUUCUGGCAUUUAUUUGUAAUAACAAUUUGUUACUCGUCUCUACAUUGUGCUCACCUUCAACAAUCCAGGUGGUUGGAGUAGCUGAUCCAAGGAAAUUUGCCCGCAUGAAACUUCAACAGCGACACAAAAUUGAGGAUGAAAAUGUGUUUAACGGUGAGAAAAAAAGAAGCAUCAAAUUUUUAAUGGUCAAUAAAGUACAUUCAGUUUUUGACACUUUCUUCCACCUCCUUAACUAUUGAAAGGUCUGUAUUUUUUUAUAUUUAGACUGGAGAAGUAUUGUUGAAAGACAGAAGUUUGCAGAUGCUGUAUUAAUUUGUACUCCAGAUCGCCUUCACAAGGUAAACAUACAAUAAAUAUUUGCAUUCUUUAUAGAAACCAAACACAUUAUUUAGUUUCAGAUUAACCUUUUGUGCAAAAUUCCUCAUCACUCUAUUAAGCAUAUUAGUUUUCCUUAGGAACCCGCAGUAGCCUUUGCUAAGAAGGGCUACCAUGUGCUUCUGGAGAAACCAAUGGCUGUGAGUGUUUUGCACAUUUACCAUCUUAAGUUAGAGUUUGAUGUGAAGUUGAUGUUAGUGGUUGAAAGACUUGUUAGUUGAUAUUUGUUAAAUUAUUUUCCAGUAUUGCUGAUUAUGACAUGAUAAGGAUUAACACUUUCUCAAGCACAUUUGAAACUUAAAUGAGAUAUUGAUCUUUGAACAUCAAUUACUGAAAUGUAAAAACUGACGUGUUUUCACUUGACUUUAGACGACUGUUGAAGACUGUACAGCGAUUGUGAGGGCCUGUACUGAGAGUGAUGUGAUGCUUUCAGUGGCUCACGUUCUUCGCUAUGACCCUUUAAUCCACAAGAUAAAGGUGCUCUUUUCCUUUCUCUUUUUCUGCUUAUGAAAAUAAUUUGAUAACUAAGGGUUGAAAAAUGUCAAUUUCAUUUUUUAGGAAGUAAGUAAGGGGAGGCUGGCACAUUUUUUAUACAGAUGAAUGAAACCUUUUGUCUUUUUAAGCAAAUACUUGAGAAAUAAAAACAGUAAAUUUUCUUUUGCUUGGUAAAAAUGAAAAUGCAACUGAUUAUUUUUAGGAGUUGAUAGAUGCUGGAGUCAUAGGUGAUGUUAUCCACAUUCAGCAUCUUGAACCGGUAAGAAUUUAAACAUGCAACAAGAAAAAAGUAAAAGUAUUCCUGCUAUGAGCUCAUGAAGUCUUCUAAAUUGAGGAGCAAAUUACACAAAUCAUGUGGCUAACCUGUUGUUUCAGGUUGGUUUUUAUCACUUUGCCCACUCUUUUGUUCGGGGGAACUGGAGGAAUCAAGCAGAGAGCUCCUUUGCCCUUUUGGCAAAGUCCUGCCAUGACAUCGACCUUAUUCAUCACUGGGCAGGAGCACGCAGGUAAAGAAGCACACAGCAGUCAAUGAUCAACUCCGAUCUAGUUUCAUAUUCAGACAUGCAUGCAGUCCACACUCGUGGAAGGUUACUGUCUGUCUCAGACUUAUCAUUAAGACUGCCGUUUUGUUUGUGGCAGGUGUGUUAAAGUAUCAUCUUUUGGGUCAGUCAGCCACUUUAAAAAAGAAAACAAGGUGCGUGUAAUUAUCCACACAAAGAAAACUAGUAGACUCUGCAGAUGUGAACAAACUCAUGCUCUGUAAUUUAUGUUGAUGUGCAGUUUUACUUUUUUGUAAAUCUAGCUGCGUUUACCGUUCCAAACAUUGAAUUGCAUUACACUACUUACAUUCUUGUCAAAGUUACAGCGUUGUGUAUGAAUGCAUUUAUUUUUCAGCCUGCAGGUGCAGCAGAUCGCUGCAUGGAGUGUUCAGUUGAGAAUGACUGCCCAUACUCAGCAUGCAAAAUCUACCUAGAUAGAAUGAAACAGGUAAUCAUUAAACAUAACACCAAGCAAAUCAUUUCUAAGUUGUUGACAUGACAAUGUGCCUGGGUUAAAACUCCUCUUUCAAAGCAGUUGUGGGCUGUGUAAAUGGUUGGUUAAAAAAAGGUGUUUCAUCAUUUGCAAAUCAAUUAAACCAUAUAUUGAAUUGAAAACAGUGCAAAGAUAACAUAUCUGAUGUUGAAUCUGAAGAUGGUGUUAUUUUUGUGGAAAUUUUUAAAAAAUAUUUUAAUGAUCCAUGUACUGUAGAUAAUGAAAUCCACAAAUUCUUGAUCAUUUAUUUUCAAUUAGAUAUAGUGCUGAAGUCAAAUUCUGUUCUCAUCAACAAUCUACAUCCAUCCCAGCGUCUAUGAAACUGAGGUUGCACAUAGUUUUACAUGAGCUGUUUGUGUAUGCACUAGGGUCACACUGGUUGGCCUGUAUCAGUCAUAUGCCAAAGCUCACUACCAGACAUCGAGAUAGUGACUGAGGCGCUGAAGACUGGACCAUAUGGUCGCUGUGUCUACGAGUGUGACAAUGAUGUGUGCAGUAACCAGGUGAGGAAACAGUGACUUUAAACACAACAUAAUAUAAUCUCUUUCACUCUCCAUCUCUCUAAAUGAAACUGAAACUAGAAUACCACCAAACAUGCACUGGUAAGCAUGAUAGAUGGACUGUUUCUAGUAUGCAGUGCUUUUCUUGCCUACCAAACAUUUAAAGUGCUUUUAAACUACACUUUUAUGCAGUCCCAGAAGGCCAAACAUUUAAAGUGCUUUUAAACUACACUUUUAUGCAGUCCCAGAAGGCGUGGCUGAGGCUCACCUGUAGAUGCGGUUGUCUCUUAAUUGCAAGAUUGUGGGGUUAGAAAGGGUUAGGGUUCAAUCCCAGGCCUCUGUCCACAUGCUGAAGUAUCUCUGGGCAUGACCCCAAAUUUUUCCUGGUUGCGCAGCCAGCAGUGGGUAAAUGUGAAUGCUUACUAAUGUCAUUGAUGUGUGCUUUACAUAGUCUCAGCCAUAGGUGAGUGACUGUGCUGUGAUUGGAUGAAUAUGACAUGCUUUGAGAGGUCAAAAGACUAGUGAGAGCACUAUGCAAAUACAGUCCAUCUACCAUAACACAUACUGUUAGUGGAGGCUGCUACAUUAAGUGCCCCAAUCCCUGUUAGUCAUGAUUAAACAUUACCCUUAAAGGUUUUGGUGGUGCUAAAUGUGAAGACUCAAAGUGCAGUUCUUAAAUUGUUUUCAAAUUUCCAGAAUUUGUUGUUCAGUUGUUCUGAAAGGAUUUUUCACUAAAUAUAAAUUCAGUAAGCAGUACUUUUUCUGAUGUGGGACUUGUUUCUCUGUUUUUGUCCAGGUUGUUAACAUGGAGUUUGAAGGGGGAUUGACAGCAGCCCUUUCAAUGGUAGCCUUCACUGAGGAAAUAUGCCAACGAAAAACAGCCAUCUAUGGCAGCAAGGUAAUUAAGGACAGGGUCAUUUUCAAGAUAAGAUGAGAUAGGAUAAAACAACUUAUUGAUCUCCAAAGGGGAAUUCAAUAAUGAGUUAAUAAGUGUAUAAAAAUAGAGCCAUCACUUUAAACUUUCAUUAACUACUAGCCUUGCAGCAUUCCUGGAAACACUUAAUAGUUAAGAAGUACAUAAACAACAAAGUAUUUUACCCAUAUACUGUUCAUAUACCCAGCAUGUCAAAAAUGCAUAAAGUAUACAUAGAUACUAAAACAGACCAGUCUAUAACAACCAUGAUUUUCUCCCUGCCCAGUUUUCUAUACUUGGAAAGAUAAAAGUGUUGUGUCAAUAAGAACUGUCUGUGCUAAGGAAGCCUGGUGUUUUUAACAGUUACAGUAUUCUUAGAGCAAACAAUCAGCAUGUUUUAAAGAUACCUUAAGGAUAAGAAUUUUAUGAGGAUGCAUGAACUUAACUAUGAACAUAUACAUAACAUACUGGACAGCUGUUUUGCCAAUCCCCUGGCACCUGUGGUCCUGUGUAAUAUUGUGAUCUGUAAAACUGCUUCAACCUCUGUUUCGGGAAGAAUACAUCACUAUAAUGAAAUGUUUCUUCACAGGGGGAGCUGUCAUACGAUGGUCAUGAAAUAAGAGUGUUUGACUUCCUGACCCAGAGAACCACAAAGCACACAGCACUCAGUAACGCCCCCAAAAACUCUGGCUUAAGUGGACAUGGUGGAGCUGACUACCACCUAAUGGAUGCCUUCAUAUCUGCUGUGGCGGUGAGAGCUUGUAAAAAUUGUUUGUAGAAUUAUUUUGGAAAAGUGUGUUUUGGCACUCACUUUAGCAUCAGCUGGUUUGAUUAUUAGGGGCAGUAUAUGAGCAGCUCAUUUGUGUCUUUGCUGAAUAUUGCGAGUUGACCUUUACUUGUAUAAUUCCAUGAAAGAAUAAGAGGGGAUCAAGAAUAUUUAUUGGAUGGAUGUUUUUAUUUGUUUUUCCUCGUGAGCUAAAUUCACACAUUCAAAAUAACUCUUUUAAUGUUUGAUAAUCCUAACAUCUGUGUUUAAUUCUGUGUUUUGGUGAGUGCAGAAUAAUGAUCCAUCCUUGAUCUGCUCGGGUCCCGAGGAGACGCUGAUGAGCCAUUUGCUGGUGUUUGACGCUGAGCGUUCACGGCUGGAGAGCAGUGUUGUGUAUUGUGGGGAGGGUAAACGGGCCUAAGCAACUGAAAAAAAAAGGUUUUCACAUAAAAAGAUAGUCUUGCCUUUAAAAUCAGUAUAUCCAAAAUAAUCAUAUCUGAAUGAUAUAUGUCGCGAUUAGACUAAACCAGCAGGGCUAAACAGGUGCAUUCAACCUAAUUGUUUAGUUUAUAUUGCUGAGGGUUUUUAGAUUAAAUUGGUUUUAUCUCCCAAUAAUCUGAUCAUAUGUUGUUUGGCUAAAGUCAAUUAUUAUGAUAUUCUUAUUCAUUGAUUUUUCUGUCUCAGAGUUUAUGCCAAAAAUUGGUUAAUUUCUAAUGUUUGUAUAUUGUAUUUGAAUCAUUUAUUACUCCAGAGGUGUCUCUUAAGAUCACCAAACAUACAAAUUAGAUUCACUUGUUUCAGUGAGCAGUAUCUAUCUCAGGAUUUACACUCACAAGCUGCUUUACUAGUUACACCUUGCUAGUACUGGGUCAGCCUUUUUUGCUGCCUUAAUUCUUCGUAGUAUACUUUCAACAAAGUGGUGGAGACAUUUCUCUGAGAUUUUUGUCCAUUUUAACAUGAUAGCGUCACACAGGUGCUGCACAUUUGUCAGCUGCACAUCCAUGAAGUGAAUCCCCCGUUUCACCACAUCCCAAAGUUGCUCUAUUGGAUUGAGUUCUAGUGACUGUGGAGGCCACUGGAGUACAGUGAGCUCAUUGUCAUGUUCAAGAAACCAGUUUGAGGUGAUUUUAGCUAUGUGACAUGGUGCAUUAUCCUGCUGUAAGUAACUAUCAGAAGAUGGUACACUGUGAUCAUGAGGGGAUGGACAUGGUCAAUAACAAUACCCAGGUAGGCUGUGGAGUUUUAACAAUGCUUGGUUGGUACUAGGGGGGCACAAAGUGUGCCAAGAAAAUAUCGCCCACACCUUCACUCCUCCACCAGCAGCAUAUUUAGUUUGAGAUGUCAUUUAAGCCAAAUUCUGAUCCACUAUCUGAAUGUUGCAGCUACAAACGAGACUCAUCAGACCAGGCAACAUUUUUGCACUCUUCUGUUGUCCAAUUUUGGUGAGACUGCAAGUUUCCUGUUCUUAGCUGACAGGAGUGGCACCCAGUGGUGUCUUCUGCUGCGUCUGCUGUUUAACUUUGAAUAUAAUCUUAUUGAGGCAAUAAACAGCAGUGGAUGCAAAACCCUCAGACAAACCAAGAGGUGCUGCUGCUGUCAGAUGGAGGGAGGGAGUGAGCCUCUCCCUCUAUAAGACCCUUAGUAAAAUUUGAUGUCCAUCUACAAACCCCAGUUGUAUUGAAGUUUGGACAUUGGACAAAAGGUGAAUAAAACAGAAUACAAUGAUUUGCAAAUCCUUUUCGACCCAUAUUCAACUCAAUACACUACAAAGACAAAAUAUUUAAUUUUUAAACUGAUAAACUUGAUGUUUUUUUUGUUUGUUUUUUUUGUAGAUAUUCACUCAAUUUCAGUCCAGUGUCUGGAACAUGUUCCAAUAAAAAGCUGGGACAGGAGCAUGUUUACUGCUGUGUUACAUCACCUUUCCUUUUAACAACACUCAAUAAGCCUUUGUGAACUGAGGACACUAGUUGUUGAAUCAAUUGAGGUGGAAUUUUUUCCCAUUCUUUUUAAUGAACGACUUUAGUUGCUUCAUUAGAGUCUUUUGAUUUUGGAUUUUGCGCUUCAUAAUGCAUUUUCAGAUUUCACAUUUUCAGUGGGAGACAUGUCUGGACUGAUGGCAGGCCAGUCUAGUCCCUGUACCCUUUACUAAGAAACCACACAGUUGUAACACGUGCAAAAUGUGUCUUGGAAUUGUUUUGUUGAAAUUAGCGGGGACAUCCCUGAAAAAGACGUGGCUCUGAUGGCAGCAUAUGUUGAUCGAAUAGCUGUAUGUACCUCUCGGCAUUAAUGAAGCUUCCACAGAUGUGACAGUUACCCAUGCCAUGGGCACUAACACACCCCCAGACCAUCACAGACGCUGGCUUUUAAACUUUUACCUGAUAUUAAUCUGGAUGGUUCUUUUGUCUUUUAGAAACCACGUCCAUGAUAUCCUAAAACAACUUGAAAUAUGGACUCAUCAGUCCAUGGCACACUUUUCCACUUUGUGUUAGUAAAUCUCAGGGGAGACGACGGCCUUUAUAUAUUAUAUGAUACUGACAUUCAUGAGAGUAAUACCAUUCAAUAAAGCUUAAUUAAGUUUAAAUAAAAUCAUUUAUCAGAUUUGAAUAAAAAGGAAUAUGUUUUUACUUAUUUACUCAUCCUCCUAUUUUUAAUGUCUUCUUUGCACUUAUCAAAAUUGACUUCAGGUCAGGAUUAUUGCAGAAAUACCCAAUUACAUUCAAAGUUGCACUUUUUUAAAGUAGGUAUUAGACCAACUUCUUACAAUGGUAUCCACUCUGCUGAAGAUAGUUUUGAGUAUUAUGUCUGAUACCUUCUUGUCAAGACUGAGUGGAGAGAUUAGAACAGCUUGGCAUAAUAUGGGGUUAAACCAAGGACAUGCCUGGUGAUAUUGUGGUACUGUUCAUGAUAAUACAUUAAUCAACUGCAGCAAAAUGUAAGUCAAUCAGUUUUUAGGCUCCUUUUUUAAUUAAGGUUUUUAUUUCGAAAAUUAAACAUUGCCAGAAAAUUCUAUUCCAUUUUUUAAAAGCUACAUCAAUAACCAGGGUCAUGAUCUGGCAUAUGACAGGCCUGAGGAUACAUAAAUAACAUUUUAAAGGCAAGAAACAAAAGCAAAUUAAAGGUUUCUCUUUUUUCAUCUCUCCACGCCUUUUUUUUACUUUGACAUGAAGUACCUCCUGUAAACACAAGAUGUCAUUAGUUUGUUUUGUUUCAGGGCAGACGUGGUGGUCCUGAAAUGACUUAAACGAAAUUUUUCCAAUACAAGAAGACAGGGAGAACCAUUUUCUCCAAGCUUUAGUCGAAAGCUUGAGAAGAACUUUUUAUACUGUGAUUUCUCAAAAAAAAAAAAAUAAAUAAUAAUAAUAAUAAUAAGUAAAUAUGCAUAUUUAUUGUUCCCUUGCUGAAAAAGAGUUUAGGAGUCUGGUGUGCCAGUAGUGUUUCAAAACCUAUUCUCACACUAUCUUGGUCAUAAGUAACACAACAUCCAAAAAGUAAUUGACCCCAAAACUGAACCCAGAUCCUGUCUCUUGCUUAUUUAUGAUCUAACUCGAGACACUGAAGCUUUUCCAGACUGCUAACUUUAACACAGGGACAGAAGUGAUAGGUGAUAUUUAUAAUUUUCCGAGUUUAGUUGAGAAGAAUUGUUGAAUUGCUUGUUAACCACAAAUAUAUAUUCUUACAUCAAAUGAAGUUAAAGCAUUUCACUAUUCUGUUACGAGUAAACUUCCAGUUAUGUGCUUGUAUAGUCAUUUAGUCAAUGCUGGCAUUAUCUUGCUUUGACUUUUCCCAUACUCUAAUCUGGUCUGAUUCCUUUACCCUAUCUUGAACUAUGUUGCAAACAAGACCAGAGGAUUUUAGGGUUCAUUUAACGUCUCUGCUUGUUAAGUGAGCUGGCAAAUUAAAUGGAAAGCAGCAGCCAAUGUUUCAUCUCUAUUGCAAGUAACAAUCUCAUACUUUCGAGACUUGAGGUUAUAUCAUCAAAGGAAAAAAAUGAAUACAGUAAAUAAAAGAUAAAGCAUUUUACCAGAAACCAAUCUAUGAGGUGAAACAUUAAACCAUUUGAAAAAGCUCAAUGACAUUUUAACAAUAAGGACAGGCUGUCAUUAUUGAUCAGAAGUAUUAUAGCUGUUCACCGUGAUGGUUAUGUCAAUGUGAGCUUCCGGCAGGAUAUCUGAGAAAAAUAUAUAAAUAGAUGAGGAGGUGUUUCCCUUUUUACUUGGGGUAUUGGUCAAAAAUGACCAACAUUACCAGUGACAUCCACAGAUAGUUAAGAAGCUGUUCCCUGCUGACUGAAAGCAAAUGAAGGAUUUGUUGGGAAGCUCCCAAGCUAUGAUAUUGAACUCAAUGAAUAAUAAAUGCACCAACCAAUACUGGAAAUAUUAACAUUUCUUGAAGCAGGCAUUUUAUGGUAGAUCCAUUUUUAUAGGUAUUUUGGGAUAGCUUUUCAGAAGCAGGUGUGUAAAAAUGAACGAAUGAAUCAAUUAAAUUUUAUGUGAGUAGAACCAAAUCACAACAACCGUUAUCCCAAAUGUCUUUAAACAAUCAUAAGAUUUAUCUGGAUACAGGUUCAACAAGUACUGCUGAGCAUAAUUUUUUUAAUACAGUAUGACCCCAACUGCACCACAUUAAAAGUGAAAAGCUCUAUCGUUUUAUCACAAAAUGAUAGUCCAACAGAUUGGGAGUUGUCCUUCAAAUGAGCUCAAUAUUGUCAACAUUAGCACACAAUUCUUGGGCCUUGCAACACAUCCAGGAUGACUAAUUCUGGAGUGUGUCCCAUAGUCCACACUCCCAGAUAGAUCACAUUGCGUAGAAGACUGGACUGACACAGUUGGAAGGAGGGUGUGUGGGGAAAACUGUAGAAAUGACGAAAUGGCUGAUUCACAGAAAAACUCUGGCCUUGUGCCAAGAAGGGAUAACAUCAGUGAUGUAAAAACAUAUGCAUGGUAAUAGUUUCACUAGUUAAUUCUAACAGAAUGAAACUUAAAUGAACAAUAUUAAAUAAAGCCUAAAUGUAUAUCGAUCAACGUCAUAGUAUUAACAAUCAACUUGAAGGAAGUCAGUUUUAUGAAGAAGGUGACCAGACCACAUUUUAUUCAAACUCAUUCAUUUGUAAUGCCAGAUAGACUGGGGACGUGCUCCUUGAGACAAGUUUGCAAACUGAGUCAGCCUCUCAUUCUGAAUGACUCAACCAAACCACUACACCACCACAGAGCCCUUUCGUUUCUCAGUGCCCUGCCCUCAAUCCUCUCUUACAGACAGGCACGCACUGCCUACAUUUGUCUUACCUCACCACUGCAUCACUUCCUCUCAUUUUACUAGGAUACGUCCAAAAUAGCCACUAACAACAUACAAACAUUUUCCAAAACGGUAAUUACAUUAGAGGGAUUUUUUAAGUGUGUGUUAAGAUUUAUUUUAUACUUAUUGUAUGUUUGUGUUGAGUGUGUGGCUUUUUCUCAAUAGCUUUCAUUUCUCUCUUUUGGUUGAAGUUUUAUUUUCAAACAAUGACAGGGGCUAAUGACAUGGAAUGGCGAGCAAUGUGGUGAACCUUCUGCCAAGUUAAAAGAGCUGUGAACCUCUGAGUUCAAUGAUCCGAUGAGUCAUUUACUGUUUUAAUCAGUCAUGUUGCCAGUAUGGGAUUUCUACAUCUGCUUUGACUUUUCUCAGAUUCGAACUUCUUUUGCAAUAAUAUUUUGCAGCUACCAGUACUGCUAAAAUAUUGCACUGGUAUUUUUCUCCCUUACAAGGCAGGCAUCCAUGAACAAGGAAGGGGGGGAAGUAAGUAAGGCGGGGAGCAAUAAAUUGUAAAACACGGAGCAGCCUGUUGACUCAACAGGAAGUGAUGGACUAGGAGUAAGUAAGGUGGAGGAAGAAGUGGGAGGAGGGUAGGAGUGAGAGGAGGAGUGAAAUGAGGAAAAAAAGAUAGACUUCAUCAUGCCUCAAGACCCUGUGCUAUGUUACAGAAAUGACAGAAGACAGUGAAUGUUAUAUAGUUUUCAGAGGAAAUCUGCAAGCUGAGAAAUAACAGAGAGGCUAAUGGUUUCUCCCACUUUCCAUUCUGUUACAGAGUCAUGAUGUGCUCACACAGAGUUCAAAAAUCAGUCAAUGAACCAAGCUUGGCUUUUUUUGGUUGGCCUUCCAACGGGUGUCCUUGUUCGUCAUCAGAUGGUGAUUUGAAAAGACUUUGACCUGGGAACAAGUUGUGACCAGUGCAGCCAGGCAAAUAUUGACACUGCUUCCCCCGUCUGUCACAUCUACUGAAAAUGAGCAUUUAGUCCGUGUCCUUAUUAGCAACCUUGAGUCAGUUCCAAAACCAGUUUUUAACUGGGAUGAUUUGGUAAUUUGUGAAGGAACCUUAAACUGGGGAUAAGAAAAGUUAUUUCUUAUUGAAUUCUAAAAACUUAAUUGAUACAGGUGUAGUGGUACACCUGAGACUUCUCAAUAGCUUACAGAGAGAAAAAAGGGAUGGAUGGAUCUAAGUAUGACGGUGCUCUCUCUCUGAUGUGACACUGUAUUAAAAAGUGAAAAUUAAACAUCUAAAUAAGCUACACUGUCACUCAUGAGUUAUUAUGUAAAGCCUAUUCACUUCAUUUUUGUCCUCCUCAUUUAUUCACUACGACUCUGAAUGAACAGGAGAACCACUUCACAUGGUUGCGGAAGGCCUCCCACUGGGCCUGAAGACCCUCUGCCCACUCAGAGGCCUCAAAUCCUGGGUAGGGAAGCUGCCUAUCCCCUGGUGCUACAUCCUGGGCAAAGAAUUGCUCUUUUCAUACUGGAGUUACAUUGAAGAAGUCACCAUGAAAUCAGAUGUCACAGUCUCUGAAUCACUGAAUCUUGCCACUUCCUCCAACACUCAUUUGCCUGCUGACUCUAUUUUCUUUUUCUUUGUUGAUAGCCUGGGAAAAAGGCCUUUACUAUCUUGUGUUGUAGGGGGAUAUUAGUGCAUUUCUUAAACUGUGUGGGGUUUUUUUUAUGUUUGCUGAUGUGUGUGUUUUGCCUCAAAAUCCACUUGUUUAUAUUUUAUUCACAAGCAAAUGAUCAGUCUGAUAUUUUAUGUAUGUAGAAAAAAAAUACAGUCUGUAAAUUUAACGGGGAGUAUGCUCAUUUGGCCCAAAGUGUAAUACCUAGCUACCCAAAAAAUGAGCAACCCAAAGCAACAUAAAGCUCAUUCUUCUUCCUGUUGGCUGUCUUUGAUGGCUGUCUUCUCUCAGGUUGAGGUCAAAGGCUUUGGUGUGAAGCCCACUCAGACAUUUGAGGAGCCUGGUUCCCUCCUGACGCCUCCAACAUGUCAAAACAGACUGCACAUCCAUUGAAUUAAAAAGAUUAAAUGCAAAGUGUGUUUUUCAAAUCACACAGAACCUUGGAGGCCGCAGCAAUAAGAAUAAAUGAAUGGCUUUGACUCAGACUUUGAUCAAUCUUUAAAUACAGUACUUAUUAAACAAACUAGAGAAUAAAGAAAUAUAACCUCACUCUUUGUGUGGCACAUUUCAUCACUGUUGCAUGUUCCAGAUCAGGCUAUAGGAAGAGGUGGGUGGUAACAAUGAGGUGCAAUGAACGUGCCCAAGGUAGAUAAUGAGAAUUUAUCCAUGCUUUAUCCAUGCUGCAUUACAUUCACUGCAACUUCACUUCAAAGUUGGAUGACUAUUUAUCAUGUUUCAGCUUGAGUGCUUCACAACAUGGCUAAUUGACUGGCUCAAAAAUAUUUAAAUUUAAUCAAAUUUAAAGUGCUGCAUAUGUUCGGACUGUAACUCGCCUAUUCUAAUAACCAUUUAUGUGAAAUGCUGUAAUAAAUAUGAUAUAAUGGUAUACAAGUAACAACCUAUAAAACCUCUUACAUUACAUGAAUGAACUUCAUGAAUGACAGCAUUGAGGUUUGAUAGAAUGUGAGGCUCAAACAGAAGUUGAGCGUGACUUAGAAAAAAAAAAAAGCAGCUGGCCCAUCAGUCUGAUUACUAUUACAUGUUUGUACACAGCUGGUUCUUCCAUAAGAGAAUUCCUGGUGUCACCAUGUCAGCAUAUCGACCUACACAAAUGUUUUUACCAUUGAACAUGUAUGUUAACACCUACUUAGUUCACUUUCUAUUCUAGAUUAAGAUAUUACUGAAAGAAUGGUUGUGAGAUGUUAAUCAUAAGACAUGUACUGUUUGAGGUCUCAUCGACAGUUCAUAUUUUCCAUAAGGAAAACACACACACACACACACACACACACACACACACACACACACACACACACACACACACACACACACACACACACACACACACACACACAACUCAAGCUUGCUUUACAAUCAUCUUUAUUGUCUUUAAUCAAAAAUUUCAACCAAAGACUUUGGUCCAGCAUUGAUGACUGAUCUUUGAUUUUACAGCACAUUCAGGAACUCCUUCAGAGAAAUCCAUCACAUCUUUGAAAAAAGCACAAGAAGGAGAGAGGGGUUACAGAUGUGGGAGGUGGGCUUCUGACUGCACUGACAGCUGUGAGGGACGGAGGUCUCUCAGAGCAGGAAAUGACUUGACCUCCCCUGUGGGAGACUGGCCCACCCCUACAAAACCCCCACAGCUCUAACCAUCUUGGGUCACCACAAGAGCUCACAGAGCCAUCAGAGCAACAGCAAAGUGGCAGGGUCACCUCAAACACAACAAAGCAGAACAAGUUACCAGAAUAUGUCUUUUUCGAGGAUUGUGAGAGUGGACAUUUCAUGAUGUGAAUAGCAGGAUUGUAAAGCCAACACUAGUAUUACCUCCUAUGUUGUCCUGAAGUCAUGUACAAGCAAUCACUCCAGUGCACAACAGGAAGUACAGUGAACUUAUUUACUAAAUCAGCACAUGUUGUCCUUUUUUAAAUUAACAAAUUAUGCUGGUGAAAGAGAAAUGUACCACUUUUUGGGUACUCAUUUUGUAGGUGUUUGUGGAUCUUCCUUUAUCAAUGUAGAAAUGACAGACAUUUUUCUCCAGAGUCCAUGAGGUAGCCAUUUUAUUUUGCACUUUACAGAACUGAAUGCUUAUUAGCCUGGAUCUAUGUGAGUCGUUACCACAGUAAAAACAUAAUUUGACAUAAUUAGCCUUAAUUGUUUAAAAAAAAAAAAAAAAAAAGGAAAAAAAAGGAAUGAAAGAAAAAGUAAAAAA